AUGGUAGCGACUAUCCGACUUCUCAGCGGCCUUGUAGGCUCGCUCAGCUUCCUUUCUCUCGCCUCGGCUGAGCCACAAGUCCGAAAUGAUGUCCGCAUCAUGGCCCUGGGUGAUUCCAUCACCGGCAAUCCAGGCUGCUGGCGCGCCCUCCUUUCCCGCAAGCUCAACGCCACCAACAUCACCCCACCCCUUCCCUACUCCCAAAUCCGCUUCGUCGGCACCCAAUCCCGCACCUACUGCGGCUACGGCUCCGCCUACGACUGGCCGCACGAAGGGCACCGCGGAUAUCUCGCAACGGACAUUGCCCAAGACACCGUUCCCAUUCUCGGCAGUCCAGUUUCGCAGCCUCUCCUCCAGUCCUGGCUCACCGCCCCCGGCGUCGCCCCCGUGGACAUCAUCCUCAUGCACCUGGGCACCAACGACAUCUGGCAAAACCGCACCGCCAUCCAAAUCAUCAACGCCUACGGCCAGCUGUUGGAUCAGAUGCGCGCCGUUAACCCUAACAUUCGCCUUCUUCCGGCGAAUUGCCCCGAGUGCGCGGCAAAGGUCAGGAUGCUGAAUCGGUAUAUCUCGAUCUGGGCGCAGUAUGUCACUCGCCAACAGAGUCCGGUGGUGGCAGUUGAUCUGUAUUCGGGUUUCAAUGCGACGAGGUAUACCACGGAUGGAGUCCACCCGAAUGCGAGGGGCGAUGAGGCGAUUGCGACGGGGUGGGUGGGGGCGGUUAUACGGUCUGUUAGGGACGUGUUGGCUCAGAGAGAUGUAAGGGUUUGA